AUGGCGCGUGCUCCGCGGCCGUCUCCGGUGCCCACCCUGCUCCGCCUCCUCUCCUCCCACCCCUCCCUCUCCGCCGCAGCCCACGCCGCCCUACUCAAGUCCUGCUCGCUCUCCAGUCCCGUCCCGAUCGCUGCCACCGCCCUCCUCACCGCCUACGCGAACGCCGGACUCCCGAGCGCCGCGUCCCGCCUGUUCGACGAAAUGCCCGCGCGGGACGCCGUCGCGUGGAACGCGCUUCUCGCCUGCCUCGUCUGCCACGCGCGCCCCGGGGCGGCCACCGCGGCCUUCCGGGGCAUGGCCGCCUCCGGGCUCCCGCCCACGGCCGCCACGCUCUGCACCCUACUCAAGGCGUGCGCCGCUUCGCGUGCCGCCCGCCCCGGCCGCCAGCUCCACGCGCGGGGUGUCGUCUCGUGCCACGCCGACGCCGACGUCAUCAUGGCCACCGCGCUCGUCGAUCUCUACAUGAGCUGUGGUCUCGUCGAGGACGCCAUGAGGGUGUUUGUGCUCACGAAGUGCCCAAAGGAUGCCGCCCUGCACAAUGCUCUUCUCUCAGGUUGUGUGGAGAACGGCUGGUUCAGCGACGCCUUCUCGAUGCUGAGGCGGCAGACAGAGCUCAAUGGGAUCUCGCUGACCUCUGCUCUCACAGCCUGCGCAGCGACAGCCAACUUGGCUUAUGGUAUGCAGGUGCAUUGCAAGGCUCUCCGUGGUGGGUUUGAUUCUGACACCAUUAUAUGCAAUGCGCUUAUUGACAUGUAUGCAAAAUGUGGGAGGGCAACGGCUGCACGUAUGGUAUUCGACCGGAUGGCUACCAGAAAUGUGGUCUCCUGGUCAAGUAUGAUUGACGCUUACGGUCGCCAUGGACAUGGUGUGGAUGCUUUGGAUCUGUUUAAGCUAAUGGAGAAAGCUGCACCAAUGGUCUUGCCAAAUGCUAUCACAUUUCUGGCGGUUCUGUCAGCCUGCGGACACUCUGGCCUGGUGGAUGAAGCUCAGUCCAUGAUGCAUUUGAUGAAGAGCAAGUACGGGAUUGAUCCACAACCAGAGCACUACGCAUGUCUAAUAGACAUGCUAGGACGUACAGGCCGUAUUGACGAGGCUUGGAAUCUAUAUUGUAGUCUAACUGCAAGUCGAAAUAAGUCUUCCAGUGCCGUCUGUGUCGCGAUGCUGAAUGCCUGCAGAGCAAACAUGGAUGCUGUAAGAGGAAAGAAGAUGGCUGUGCGCAUGCUGGAGGUUUACCCACGAAAUCCUGGGAUUCAAGUGUUGAUAUCAAAUUUUCAUGCUGCUAUGAGACAAUGGUCUGAAUCAAUUGAAUCGCGGAGGCUUAUAGUGGACAAGGGUCUCAGGAAAGAAGCAGCUAGCAGUCAUGUCUCUUUUGGCUAA